CUCGUUCGAGCAUUCCCACUCAUGUCGGGCCACGACUCCCAAUCUGGCGCUACCCAGUGGACAGAGCCCCCAUGGUCGGGGUGGAUAGAGACCACAGGCGACGCCCUUCUCAUUCUCGAGGCCGCAAGGCGCGGCCUCAUCCCACGCGUAACUCGCCGUCUCGUCGAUUCUGAACGCAAAAUGAUCACCUCCGGCUCCGUCUUCGUCUUCGACGAGGACGAGAGCGGCAUCAAACGGUGGACCGACGGCUUUUUCUGGAGCCCGAGCAGGAUACUAGGCAACUUCCUGCUCUAUCGCGAAACCGAGAAACGGGGUGCGGGGCACAGGAGCGCUCGCGCGGAAGCUGCGGCAACCGUUGAAGAGCCCGACGGGGUCAAGCAGGAGGGUCAGACCUUGUCUAGGCCAAAGAGCGAGGCGAGUCGCUUGGGCAUUGACAGGCAACGGGAGCGCAUCCUCGUCGGGAGCCUCACGAACAGUUACAAGUUCAAACCUGGUGGGUUGAUGAAGAAGACGUUCUCGCUCACCAUUGGCGGCGUCGCCCAACACCUGAUCUCUUACUACAAGAUCGAAGACGUCGAGCAAGGGCGCCUGCGGUCUCCGUCAUCGCUACCCGAGCUUGCGUCGCUGACGAUCAGCCCGGAAUACCUGGACAAGACGCACUUCCGUAAUCCUCCGAAGGUGGAAAUUGGCGUCGAUGGGAUCCCCCGUUACCGUGGUGAAGCCGACGACGUCGACCUGUCUCCUCGUCUCCUCCCCGCACCGCUCUCGAAUGGGUACUACGCCGACGGCGAUGCUGGAGGGUCCAAGCGUGCGAAACGGUACGAGCCGUACGGGUCCACGGGCUCGAACCCUCCGAAGCGCUCGCGGAAGAAGAAUAAUUCGGCUUCGAGCCAGUCAGAGGCCACUGGGGGCGAGUCGCCCACGCAGCCAAUGGCCUCCGUGCACCAGCCUGCGCCAGGGUACCCUGACCCCAGCGUCUCCUCCCAUUACGCGCCGUAUGGUGGCUAUUACCAGGCGCCGCCGCCACCUGCCUAUCCUCUCCCGUACUCUCCUGCGCCCUAUCCGGCAGGUCUUCCGGCUGCUGCGGCUGCCACAACGCCUCCCCAGGAGAGGUACGCGUACUACCCUCCCCCGCCGCCUCACGGCUACGCUGCGUAUUCAGCGAUGCCGCCGUGGCCGCAUUACAAUGGGAGCUAUGCGCAGGCUGCUGCGUCGUCGGCAACGACGGGGAGCGGGACGAGCAUGCAGGAGAUUGGCGAGAGCGACGUCAGGAACAGUGCUGGUGGCGGCACCGGCACUGUGGCGGGAGGCGGCACCGGUGGCGGCGGAGGGGCGUGAGCGGUGCGCAUGCGCAUCUGUAUGUGCAUGUAGACCUUCUCUUCAGCUGUGCUCUCUGCCUCUCUGCUCGUCGUCGUCGUCGUCUAUGCUCUCCCUCGCUAUCUGCUCGUCGCUUGUCCUUGUUCUGGUUCCUGAUGUGGUCUGUGUACGAUAGUCGUCGCUUCCUUGGGCCUUGUGUGUUUCGGGCGCCCCCCGCUCCCCGCCCCGUCGCGCUUGUUGUUUGUUUUCCGUAGCUGAUACGAGUUCUCCCGUCUAUGCCUCCAGUAUCGUACAAUUGCAUCGGUCCGCCAGUUUUAGGCCGUAGUCCGUACCCCUCUGUACCAGUAGCCCUAGUCUCUCCCUCCUCCCACUCCCAUCCAUCACAUCACACUCGGUAGACGUUGUGCGCCCUCGAAGUUGAAGUAGUAGUCGCUAGUCGUUACUCUUCUCAUCUGUACCUAUACGCUGUUUUGUUUCCUCUCCCGCGGUGCCUCAGACGCGCCCGCUGUCGUGUUCUUUUUGUACGACCA